UGUGUCAACGGCUGCCAGCACUCAAAGCUGCUCCCACAUAAUAUCUCAUCAUGAUUAUUUAGCACUAUGAUCAUUACGCACUGAUUACAUUACCGUCAGGCUGCGCUAUCACCGAGCGACUUUGUGAACUCCUGACACGCGUAUUCUCUUCGCAGGAAAAUAUAUACCUUCCAUUGGCGCUGCCCUUCAUAAGUCCAAAGGAAAGCUUCGUGUGCCGAUUAACCUCAAAGGCAUUGCAAUUGGCAAUGGCAUGAUCGAUCCCAUCACCAUGCUUCUCUACGGUGACUUCUUGUACGACAUCGGGCUCCUGGACAGAUACCAAGCAAGCCGCAUGCAACAAGACUGCGACCGCAUAGCGGGUCUUAUCCGUGAAGAGAACUACCUGGAAGCCGCUGCACUGGCUUACUCAACUGUUUUGGGCGUCGUCACGGGAUAUCCUUCGUACUUAGGCAAUGUCACUGGCUAUAAAUACGGCUACAACUACCUGCUCACGGAAAAACCCGAAUCGCACAGCCGUUACACAAGCUUCGUCAAAACACCCAUGGUGCGCCAAGCCAUCCACGUCGGGUCAACGCCUUUCAACAAAGCGGCAUUGAACGUGGCAGUCUACUUCACCAAGGACCUGAUGCAUUCUGUUCGAGACAACUUGACUUUGCUGUUAGACAACUCGUACAAGGUACUCAUCUACAGCGGCCCCCUGGACAUCAUCGUCUCGUACCCUGCGACAGAAGCCCUCAUGUACUCCCUGAAAUGGUCGGGGUCCAAGGAAUGGUCGAAAGCCGAGAAGAAAAUUUGGCGCUCGAACGACGGUGAAUGUGUGUACGGCUACUCCAAGCACGCCAGAAAUUGUAGGUUGGUUCUAGUGCGAAAUGGAGGUCACAUCGUGCCGUACGAUCAGCCGGAGGCAGCGUACGAAAUGAUCACAAAAUUUUUCAACAAUGUCCCGUUUGUGAAAUAG